AUGGUGGGAUGUGUCCAGGUGGAGGACCGUGCUGUGACGUUGUCCAAUGAGAGGAACUCGAUAGAGAGAACAUACGAGUUGACCAAAUACCUGGACCACCAGCUGAAAGAGAUCAAAGACACUUAUCUCUUGUAUCUCGGACCUCCAUUCAGUGACCCAGACUUCUCUCCACCGCGGCCCAAUAUCUCUUCCCUGGCAGUGCCCAGCGCCGCUACGCGGGUGGACCUGUGGCGCGGCCUGGAGAACGGUGCCCGCCUGGCGCAGAACCAGCGUGCAUACAGUGUGCUGCUGUGCGCGGUGAGGGAGUUAGCCCGCUCCACGCUGUGCCCAUACCUCCAGAGCUCCCUGCUUCAUUUUUGUUCUGGGCUCAGUGGACUACUGGGCUCGAUAUCGGGGCUAAUGAACGCUCUUGGCUACACCCCGCCCUUGCCUACUGAUGGCCACGCCCCCCUGACCACACCUGCCCUCUCACCACGCCCUGCCCUCAAUGACUUCACAAGGAAGGUUGAAGGUUUCUGGGUGCUGAGGGAGCUGCAGAGUUGGCUGUGGCGGUCUGCCAAGGACUUCACCAGACUGAAGAAACGACUCCGUGCCUGA